AUGGGGGAUAUCGUUCCUAGUACUCGUACAAAAGCACUGAAUACUUCCUCAAUCCAUUGCCAUAUGUUAAACUCAACCAACUAUAUUGUAUGGGCCAUGCAGAUGAGGGUUUUGCUCAGAGUACACAAGGUCUGGGAGACUGUUGAAACAGAGACGGCUGAUGGUGAGAAGAACGAUGUUGCUAUGGCCCUGAUCUUUCAAUCAGUACCCGAGACGUUCAUUCUACAGGUAGGAAAGUUAGACACGGCGAAAAAGGUAUGGGAUGCAAUCAAAUCAAGACAUGUAGGAGCAGAAAGGGUGCGAGAGGCAAGGUUGCAGACUCUUAUGGCCGAGUUUGACAAACUCAAGAUGAAGGACACAGAGACGAUAGAUGAUUUUAGUGGCAAAUUGUCCGAAAUCUGCUCAAGGUCGGCUGCUUUAGGAACGACUAUUGAGGAACCGAAGAUUGUCAAGAAGUUUCUCAAAAGUCUUCCGAGAAAGAAAUAUAUACACAUGGUAGCUUCACUUGAGCAGGUGUUAGACUUGAACACCACAAGCUUCGAAAACAUAGUCGGAAGACUAAAAGCCUACGAAGAACGUAUUCGAGAAGAAGAAGAAGAAGAAACACAAGAUGAUCAAAGCAAGCUCAUGUACGCAAACAUGGAACCUCAGGAAAAUCGUGACUACAGUGGAGAGAAUAGAGGCAGAGGGCAUUACGCUUCUAAUUGCCCUGACAGACUUCUCAAACUUCAAGAGACUCAGGAAGUCGAUGACGUUGAUGACACACAUGAAGCUGAACGACUCAUGAUGCACGAGGUGGUGUAUCUAAAUGAAAAAAAGAUUGACGAGACGGUCACAGGAAAAGUAAGAUUCUGCGAUGAUUCUCAGAUAGACAUAAAGGGGAAAGGAUCGAUCCUCUUUGUCAGUAAAGAUGGAGGGGAAAAAGUGCUUGCUAAUGUCUAUUUCAUACCAGAUUUAAAGAGUAAUAUUAUCAGUUUGGGACAAGCAACAGAGGCUGGAUGUGAUGUUUGGAUGAGAGGAGAUUAUCUGACAUUACAUGAUCAAGAUGGAAGACUCUUUAUGAAGGCAAACAGAUCAAAUAAUCGUUUAUAUAAAGUAAUCAUGGAGGAGUCACAUGGAGCUGCAUUGAAGCAGGUUUUGAGGUAUUUGCGUGAAACUCUCAAUUUUGGUGUUGAAGAUGUCUCUAAGGAAGAUUUCAAGCUUAAGGGGGAGAUUGUUGGAAUAAGCUUGAAAGAAACUUGA